UAAGUACUUACAUAAAUGUAUCUUACCUUACCUUUACACAAUGUGCCCAAGAAAAAAUACUUUUUCAAAAUCCCAGUCACCAAAUUAUGCUUCUUUACAGUGUCACUGCCUUUACUAGCCUUCUUCGUGUGUGUAAUAAUUACUAUGUAUAAGGAUUUUGAAAACGCGAACAAUACACAUUGUAAAGUUCCUAAUGUAUUUCCAUCUAUAUCUGCGUCCAUAGGAAAUUACGAGCCACAGAACACUAUAUGGAAAGUAGCCAUAUAUGUCCAUGCUCCUUUUAGAUUUUUUAUAAUUUAUUUAAGAGGUCAGCAUUACAUGAACAUAAUAAGAGAUGAAUACUUCCUGGUAGUGAAAUGGGCAAUAAUAUUAAAUGUCAUAGAAAAUCUGGCCCUGUUAGGCCUAACGCAUUGGACUUCAUCUCUUUAUUAUCCUUACCAUGAAGUCUGUUUUAAAACAUUCAUUGGAACGUCAAUAUUCUACAUGUUCUUUACAUGCAUGAUGCUUACUAAGUAUCGACGGAGGCCGAACAUUACAAGCAUAGAAUUAAUUUCGGUGAAAUUAAAGUGGAGAUCUUUUUUUAUCAAUGUAGGAUCGUUUGCUUUUGCAGCCUAUUUCUUUUUACGGCAUAAUAAGCUAUGUGAACCGUAUGUGUACUCUAUGUUUGGAUUUUCGGAGUACGUAGUUGUCAUCAGCAACGUCGCAUUCCAUUUAACUACAGUAUAUGAUCUGCAAAUUGAGUAUGUCUAUUUUACAAGCAAAGGUAUAGCAAUUGAAUGACUGGUGAACAAAACUAAUAUAUUUUUUAUACAAGAAAGUAUUAAAACACAAAUAAAGACUAAAGUGUAGAUAAUUUGAACUCAAGUUCAGUGUGAGUACUAUGGUGAUAAUUUUAUUAU